AUGUCUGAUGAAUCUGAUUCUGAGUCAGAUGACCUGUCAUACGAGUCAUUAGGAAGAAAAUAUGAUUGUUUGUUUAAAGAGACCUUGUCCUUGAAAGAAGAGAGCCUCAAACUUGAGGCAAAUAACCAAGAUCUUCAACAUGAAAUUCUCAUCUUAAAAGAAACCAAAAAGGAGUUGAGUGACAAAUUUGAGUCUCUAGAAAAAGAAAUUGAUGCUCUUGUGUCAAUUAGGAGUAACCUCGAGAACCAAGUUAAUGUGCUCAAGGAAAGUAACAUUGGUUUCCAGAACUCAAACAAACAGCUCCUAGGUGAAUUGAAUGAAGCAAAUAGGAAGAUUAUAUCUAUGACCAUUGGUGCAUCAAAAAUUGACAAAAUGUUGAAUAUGGGAAAACUUCAUGGGGACAAAGGUGGUCUUGGAUUUAAUCACUUUGGUUCUAGUUUGUCUAGUUCUACCACUAAGUGUGGGUUGACUGGUCAUAUUCGACCAAUCUGUCAUAUGUAUAGCAAAGAUAAGACCAUAAAAUUGUCUCCAAAAUCUAAAAGGAAUCCCAGAUCUUUGCAAGAUCAAGUUGAUCAUUUGCUGAAUGAAGUCACUAAGAUAGCCAAACUUGUCUCCCUCAAAAUGAGUUCUCCUAUUGUGCCUAAGUCUACUUGGAUUGCAAGAGGUCAUACCAAAUCUCUUGUUGUGCUAAAUGCUUUUGCUGCUUCAAACAUCAACUCUUGGUAUUUUGAUAGUGGCUGUUCCAAACAUAUGUCUGGGGAUAAAAAUGUUUUCUCAUCUCUCAGCCCCUUUGAUGGAGGCACUGUGACUUUUGGUGGAGGUCAUAGGUCUCAAGUUGUUGGAAAAGGUACUGUUUGUAUCCCUGGUCUGCCCGAGCUUAAGAAUGUUAGAUUUGUUGAGGGUCUCACAUCCAAUCUCAUUAGUGUGAGUCAGCUGUGUGAUGAUGGAAUAGUAGAAGUUAGAUUCUCCAAGCAUGGCUGCAAAAUCAUUGGAAAAGGUGGAAAUGAGAUUGUGAGCGUGGCAAGGUCUAGGGACAAUUGCUUCUGCAUUGAUGGUGUCAAUGAUGCAAAAGAAGUUGUUUGCAACAAGGUUGUAAAUGAAACAAGUAUUUUGUGGCAUCAAAGGCUUGGACAUGUUAAUUUUAGAGACUUGCAUAAAUUGUCCAAGAGAGACUAG